UCUGCAUCAACCUCAACUCGUCUCGCCUACCUCAAGGUUGUAUCUCAAGGUCAUGUACUCAUCGCACGCGGAACCGGCUGUGCUAUCCUGCCCUACCCGUCAACGAUUGACUACUGAGGCAUACUACGACUCCAAUCAAACCUAUGAUCCUUACCUUGUUGUAAACCCACCACCGUCCCCUCUCCAGUCAGACUAUUGUGGAUGGACUUCGUCCAAUUAUCCGCUGUACAUGUAUCCCGAUUCGGAGGGUUUUCCUUCCGCUCCCGCACAGUUGGGCGACACAAAGCACGAAGAUGUGGAUCGUCCGGUGGUUCCCGGUCUUAGUCCCUCGGGGAGUCGAAGCCCCAGUCCUAGCGGGAGCGCCGAAGGCACCGUUGUGUAAGCAUGUCACAACAACCAUUUUCCUCCGCCGCCUCAUUGAUUAUGCUUGCGGACGCAGCGGCUCGCCGCCAACGACUAUUGUAGACAUCGAAGGCGAGAAAUACCAGUGGAGCCCGUCGAAUGACCAACAUAUUCCGCUCUACACACAGAGCUUGACUCCGUAUUCCUAUGCAUCACCGUCAAGUGUGGACGACACACGCCCGAUUUGUCGAUUUGGUACCAACUGCGGGGAGCUCAUCCAGGACGUCAGUCUUCGGGGCGUUGAGCAGCAUAUACAGCAGCAUCAUAUCGAUGAAGAUGGCUUCCGCAUCCAAUACAGUGAAUCGACAACGUAUCUGGUCUGCCUGUGGCCGACGGACAGAGGACGAUGCCAGGCGAUGCGGGACAUCGUUGGACUCUGCGAACAUAUUAUCUCGACGCACCUGAUCGACCCCAAUGCCGAAUGGCUACCAUACGCGCCUCAUGAAUCACCCGUGGCCACAGUCGCGUGCGAGCAGCUGUGUCGAUCGCCAGAGACAUAUUGCUCAGAUCUCGCAGAUAUUGCUAAUGAACAGUGUAUGGCAUAGAUAUUCGCAUCGACCACAUAGACAUGGAUGUACACUAUCCCUG